AUGGCUUCCACGGAGGCAAUCUACGUCAUCACGUCACAACUACAGGAUGCAAUGCUGCGCGUCACGGAGUACCAGCAAGAGGAAGCGAGCGCAGCGGUGCAAGAAACCGCGCCAGCUAACCGCAGCAAAAAGCGGGCCAAGGGAAGGCCACGAGCACGCCAAGGCGAGCACGGCAUCGGGAACGAGCAGGGAACAACGCAACGAGCUGGAGAAGCAAGCCGUAACAAUGAUCGGUGGCUGGCUGAGGGAGAAGGCAAAGGAGGCGACUACACCGGCUCCGCAACCUUUGCAACCGGCCCCAACCACCGCAGCAGCUGCACAAGCGCCGACACUGUGGAAGCCACGGCUCCCGCUAACGACGGCGCCGAAGAACGCGCAACCUGUCCACUCUCCGAGUCAACCGACGAAGAGCUGAUGGACAGCAGAACAACGAGGAAGCGUGCACGAGAGGCCAGCAACGAAGAUGCACCCGCAGGACCGCCCGCCGCGCCCCACACGCCCGAAAUCACCACGGGCGUCACCAGCACUGUGCACGCCACCGCCACGCAAGGGACAUCGGCAAACACGCAGCGGCUUCUCCACCUCAGCCGGAGCAGCGCAAAAAGCAAAAGCCAAGAAGCAAGCAGCGGCAGCAGUUCCGCAACUCCACAGCUACAACGACAGAGGCCCUGA